CCUGCCGACCACUGAAGAAACACAGACUGAACUAAUCCUGCCGUUUGAGGGCUUCAUGCUGUCUGGUCGAGCAGAAAGGUUUUAAAGGCGACGGUCAUCAUCGACUUUCGCUUUCGUCACGCUCGGGGGGCACGCCAGCACCCGUAGUGACGUCAGCCUAUGGAAAUUGUCAGAGUGGCAAGAUGGCUACGGAACCAAAUAAGACUGAAAUCCUCACCAUUUUCAAAAGAUUAAGAUCUAUUCCCACGAACAAGGUAUGUUUUGAUUGCGCAGCAAAAAACCCCAGCUGGGCCAGUAUUCCCUAUGGAGUUUUCUUGUGCAUCGACUGCUCUGGCAUCCACCGCUCCCUGGGAGUGCAUCUCAGCUUCAUCAGAUCCACUGAGUUAGACUCCAACUGGAACUGGUUUCAGCUUCGAUGUAUGCAGGUUGGAGGCAAUGCCAAUGCGACGGCAUUCUUCCGACAGCACGGCUGCUCUACAAACGACACCAAUGCCAAGUAUAAUAGUCGUGCAGCCCAGAUGUACAGGGAGAAGAUUCGGCAACAAGCGAAUGCUGCAUUGUCCAAAUAUGGCACAGAUCUGUGGAUUGACUCUCCUGCCGGGAGCACUCCUGCAGUUCCUGAGAAGAAAGAGACAGACUUUUUUGCCGAACAUACGCAGCCUGCUAACGACUGGAGCAUGGCGCCACCCUCUGAGCCGGAGCAGAACGGAGCCACUGUCACCCCACAGCCGACUGAGACAACACCCAAAGGCCAGGAUGACAACCAGCCAGAGGAAGGACCCAGCAUCGAUGGUCUGAGCACAUCUCCCAAAGCCUCCAUUGAGGACUCCAUGCGUUUGUCGUCACAGGAAGGAUGCACGUUCCAAGAUGUGAAACCCUCCAUCAUUGGAAAAAAGAAGCCCAUAGCUGCCAAAAAAGGGCUUGGUGCAAAGAAAGGUCUCGGUGCCCAGAAGGUGAGCAGUAAGAGUUUCUCUGAGGUGGAGAAACAGGCGCAAGUGGCUGAGAAGCUCAGAGAGGAGCAAGCUGCUGAGGCAAAGAAGCAGGCUGAAGAAUCAAUUGUGGCCUCGAUGCGUUUGGCUUACAAAGAGCUGGAGAUCGACAGGAAGAUGGAGGAAAAGAAGCUUCAGAACCUGGAAGGCAAGAAGAGAGAGCAGGCCGAGAGACUGGGCAUGGGCUUCGGAAACAGGAGUGCCGUGUCUCACUCAGUGAUGUCAGAGAUGCAGGUGAUCGAGCAGGAAACUCCCGUGGGAGCCAAGUCCUCCUCCCGCUCCAAACUGGACAUGUUUGAUGAGCCGGGCUUCACCUCUGGACCCCCAAAGUAUAAGGACAACCCCUUUACAGUGGGAGAUAGUUUUGGAUCCCGGUGGGAUACUGAAGGAGGAAGUGCCUCCUUUACCACCUCCUGGGCUCUGGAGAAAGACGACCCCAAAGAGGAGGUCACCAUCUCUAGUAUUCAGCCAAUCGGAGAGAGACUUCCCAGCAGAAGAAAAGCCGAGGUGUCAGCUCCAGUGUCGGAGUCGAGUGAGGCCAGGCAGAAGUUCGCCAAUGCAAAGGCGAUCUCUUCGGACAUGUUUUUUGGUCGGGAGAGCAGCGCCGAGUAUGAUGCGAAGACAAGAUUGGAGAGCAUGUCCGGAAGCACCUCCAUCAGUUCAGCUGACCUGUUUGGGGAUGGCAGUGACCAUAAAGGGAGGGCAUCAGGCUUUGACAGUGUGCUCCCCUCCGGCCCGGACAUCGCACAGUUCAAACAGGGAGUUAAGACUGUAGCGGGCAAGAUGGCUGUCCUCGCCAACGGUGUCAUGAACACGAUCCAGGAUCGUUACGGCGCCUACUGAUCUGCGCUGAGAGAUGAGCACCAACCUGUGGGAAGACAUACUAACUAACGCCUGUAUAGAGCCAACCAGCCUCCUGACUGACACGUGCGUUUGGGCGGAGGAGAUGGGACAGAAGGGAGACGGGAAGCAGAAAGGAUUGCAUGGGGAAAAGAAAUCAUCCUUCUCGCCCGUCCCUCUUUUAGAGACAAUUUCACAGGAGUGAGACAGUAUUUUUCUUCUCCCAUUCUCAUUAGCAGACUCUUGAGUUUUAUUUUCGUAAAGGAAACCAUCGAAGGGUGUAGUCUUUUCUAAAUCAAGAGUUUUGUUGUAAUUUACCGUUGAGAAGUUUUUGGUCUUAGAUUUUCCAGAUGACGUCAAGAGUUAAUUCUACUAUAUUUUAUUCCUUCUACCUAAAUCAGAGUUUUUGGUUCGUAUAAUCAAAUACUUCACGCUUAUGUCUUUUCUUUUGUUUUAUUGUGGUAUUAAAAAAGGUGCAGUAUAUAUUUUCAACUUUUAGCGUUAAUUCGAACAAGGAUCCACAAUGUUUGCAUUUAGUGUUUGAUUCACUGCUGCUCACUUAACGGUAGACUUUGUCCACAGGUUCUGUUUUUCAUUUGCAUUCAGCACUGAAGCCAACUGUCUUGACAAUUUCAGACUCUUUGUGAGCUUGGAACUAUCCCCUUCUGUCUGGGUUAAAGUAUCUACUCGGAAACACUGGAGCAUCACGCAUUUGAUGUCCUAGCUGCUGUGGUUAUUUAUUACCUACCUUUUGAAAAACCGUUAAACCCAGGGAUCACGCAGAUCCGAUACCUCUGGCUGGGUUUGCGUCCCGGCAAAUUUGUGCAAAGUAGUUGGAGAUUUUCAAAUUAGGCAUUUAGGGGGCACUGAACCCAGCCUGUAGUUGUUGUUUAAAAAAAAUAAAUAAAUAAAAAAAGGAAAGUGGGUUUCAAUACAGACAUCAGAUAGAACAUGCUAAGUCCCAGCUCAUAAAACAAUGACACUGUUUUGACUAUGCAUCUCCAUUUUACAACUUUGAAGAAGUUUGUCUUUGCCGGUUGAAACUUAAGUCUGCCUCCGUGUACCUCGACGCUGAAAAAACAAGACGUUUUGUUGAUGCUGCCUUCGUCUCUCAACAGUUUAACCUUUUAUUUUGGAAGGCUGAUGUCUUCGGUUUGUGUGUGUUAAGUGUCAGACAUAUUGGCCAGUGAAAAAUAUACCUGACGUUCAUGGUGUAAAGAUCAUCAUAAGGGGUUGUGCCCCUGACUGAUGAUGAUGAUCCUGAGACAACAUGACGUCUUUGGGACAGGGAACCCUUGCAGUUUUCCUCUAAUGCUGGCCAGGUAGCAUGCAAGUGAAAACAACACAACGUAUCCGGUGUUAACUUCUGUGAUAAAAUCAGUCUUACAUAGCGUGGUGUGACCGCUUACAUGCAUCACACUGUCUUACCAGUUUCCUGUUUGUGAUGCAGCUCGUCUCAGACCCACAGCACCUUCACUUCCUGCUCCCGGCAGACUAGACAUUCAGCGAGUUAUCAGAAAAACUGAGUAGAUGAGAAGUCUAGAAACUGGUUUGUCAUUUUGUUUGAAAAGAUCUGAGUGUCAUAUUUUGUCCUAGCGUGGCCACGCCUGUGUAUGUCCCACCCAUGAUAAACUUCAAAAGUAACUACCAUAUAGACCUGAAAGGAUGAAACAUUCAACUAUUUAUUUGUAGGCUACAAAAAGAAACGUAUUCAGUAUGUCAAUAAAGAUCGAAAACCUCA